AUGAAGGACGCCUGUGCUGUGGGCACACUCACCUUGAUCUUUGGCCUACUUUGUACUCUCCAAGGAGUAAACACCAAUGAGGGUGUAAACACAUGUGACAGCUUAAGCUGCCCCAAAGGAUUCAUAUGCUGUGACAAUAUAUGUUGCCCAGAAAGAAAGGUCUGGACUUCUAUAAAUGAACCCUUCAGGUUCCUGUUGUUCGUCUUAUUGAUCAUGGUUGCCCUCUUGUGCAUCUAUGGGCUACUACUGGAGUGCUUCUCUUCCAAUUGUGGAAUAGAGCAGCAUGACAUCAGAACAGAGGAUCAUCAGACCACCACAGAACCACCCUUCACUGCUCCCCUAGAGAGCAUUUGGGUUGUUCUGAAUCCAACUCCCACAGAGCCACCUCCUCCCUACAGCCUCAGGCCUGAGGGCCCUGCUGGUCAGAUGAGAGGGAAUGCCUAUGCAACCCUGUGA